UUUGCACCUAGAAAUGAUACGGAUAUGUAAAGAAACCAAGUAUAAGGAUUACUAUUUACUGUCUCCUGAGUGUUGUAACAUAAAAUCACCUGCAAUCCUAACAUUUUGAGAGGCACUCUUUGUGCUCACCAAGACUUUGUAUAAACGCCCCGGGGUGGAUCCCGAUCUGCCCGGACUCAAAAGAAGUAUCCAAUAUAUCUGUAACAUCGACAUCUAAGACCAUAGACCACGAUCUUUGAUUUUAGAAUUAUUUGCAUCGUGCAAGCAUCUAGGCGAACGGAGUCUGCUCUUUCUACAAAUCACGUGUCAGCCUAGCCGCAUUCGUCCAUCUAUCCCGAACUACCAGCCCCAGCUUUCCAACGACCUCAACUUCUGCUCUGUGCAAGACACGCCUCUCCAUCUCACAUUCCUCUCCUUCCUCCAAUUGCACAAUGAACUCUUUCCGAUUCGCACGGGCUGCUCUCAGAGCAAGCCCCUCUGCAUUCAGAGCUCCGCUCCAGCGGAGAGGCUAUGCCGAUGCCGUGGCAGAUAAAAUAAAACUUUCCCUUGUUCUCCCGCAUGAGAGCAUCUACAAGUCGACGGAUGUCGUCCAGGUUAACAUCCCGGCCGAAUCUGGUGUCAUGGGUGUUCUUGCCAACCACGUCCCAUCCAUCGAACAAUUGAAACCCGGUCUCGUCGAGAUCAUCGAGGAGUCGGGAGGAACCAAGCAAUUCUUCCUGUCCGGCGGCUUCGCUAUCGUCCAGCCCGACUCCCAGCUGAGCAUCAACGCCGUCGAGGGAUUCCCCCUGGACCAAUUCAGUGCAGAGGCCGUGAAAGCGCAGAUUGCCGAGGCACAAAAAAUUGCCAACGGCAGCGGCAGCGAACAAGAUAUCGCUGAGGCAAAGAUCGAGUUGGAGGUGCUGGAGAGCCUGGAAGCUGCGCUCAAAUAGAUCCGCUUUCUGUACAUAAAAUAACAUUUCCCACCACCCUAUCCCUUGUCAAACUAACCACGCCUGGAAUUUUUCCCCCUUUUUUUUCCAUUAUAAAGCGUUGAGCAAUGUAGAAUUAAAAAAUCCAGCAACCACUAUCUACUUACAUGUCUUCUGUUCAAUGACUAAACUUUCAGUUUUAAAAAGCGCUUUAUAUCUCUAUCCUUUGAUCUCUCUAUAUCACUCCUAGCAAUCUUUCUAGCGGAACCCUUUUUUUUGCCCUCUUCUCUGUAACUCAGUCAACAGAACAAGUUACAUAAAAACUUCUUGUGUUUCAUCUUCCGCACGAAUUUUAGUAAUCUAGUAUGAAAAAGCAUCACUUCCACUACAUUCUUGUUCAGCCAUUUAUAUCUACGCAAAUUUUCCGCUCAUUUUAAUCUCAAACGCAUAUACAUUCUUUUAGAUGCAACAUAUCCUCUCGAAAACUGAAUAACAAUUGAGUAAUGAAAAGAAAAGUUGAGUAAUAAUACAAAGCACAUAAACAGAAAAGAUAUUUAAAUACGAGAGACGCAGAAAGGAAAAUGUGAAUAUAGAUGCUGAG